ACAAUUAAGCUGGAACAAAGGGUCCCCGAAAAACAGAGAAUUCAGUGAAGACAGAACUUGCGAUUUUUGUGGCGUGAAAGGGCAUUUGAAACGUAAAUGUUUUAAAUUAAAAAACCUAAAAAGGGAUUCUGUACAGUUUGUGGAUGAAUGGAAAACGGAUAACAACAUUGAUAAAGAUGGAGACACCAGCAUUAGCGGACUGUUCAACCGGCUUAAGACUGAUAAAUCCGAUAGUGAGGACGACGACAUGGAUGCAGGUGGAAAUUGGAAGCGUGCGAACAACAGCUCAUCGCACACAAAUUCGACCGUUUAUUGAACCGACCGUGCCGGAUCGACCUAACUUGAUGCUCCCUAUGACGAAUACUCGUAGUAUGACUAGAGCAAUCGGCGAGUCAGCUGAGAUGCCUACACCGGACAUUAGUUGUGAAGAUCCUGGAGCGGAUGCUGGGAAGCCAACUCGCUCGAGGCGGAAGAGAAGGAUGGAGAGCACAACGCCUAUUGAAUUAAGGCGUUCGAAACGAUCUAGGAUGAGCAAGACCGAUCCGGAUUUCGUGUAUUUUAAUUAGAGUUUGAAGUGUGAAUAAUUGUCCGUUCGGAUUGAAAGCGACAGUUAGAGAAGAACUUGCGUAAGGGUAAAGGAGUUGUUGUGUCUCGAUAUGAGAUACGUUCUGAAAUAGACUGAUGAAUUACAUACAGUGUGCUGAAUUAUCACUUUUGCUUCUUCAUUAUUAUUUAGUGUGUAAUGUAUAUGUCAUUUGACAAGCUAUUAAUGUAGCGUCAGUAUAUAAAUAUACAAAUGUAUAUGUAUGCAAUUUGAGUUGAAAUAUAAACCAACAGUAAUGAACUGGUGUCAUUCCUGUUCUGGACGUCAACCGAUUUAGAUAUUAUUUCAAGGUGUU